AUGUACGAAUCAAAGUUUAUUGUUAAUGUAGAUUUAAAUAUUCACAGACAAGCUGCCAUUUGUCACGCCGAUGUUGAAUUGGAUUUAUAUGGUAGUUUGGGAAAAAGAGUUAUGAGGUUCCAAAUGGUUGCGGCAGCAUUUCCUUUCAUUAUUGUUGUAAUGACAAUGAGGGCUCAACUUAGAGAGUAUGAUCGUGGGGGACCAUUUUUGAGUUUUGGACAUGGAUUAGCACUUUUUAUUCGCCAAACAUUUCUUAAAUUUCUUGUUAUAGUGUCACUGCUAUCAAUUUAUAAGUUUGUCACCAAAACUUCGAAAGCAUAUUCAUUAGUAGAUUUAUUUCCAAUGGAUUAUGCAUCAGGAGACAUGCAAAAAGCUAUCAAAGCCAAAGCAUCAUUCAAUGUCAAUGUCAAUGACACGCUUCUCGGAAAUUAG